ACUGCAACUGCAACCUUCUGAACACGCGGUGAGGGUUUCUCCAUGCACGCCGGCGGCGGCGCCGCCCCGUCCAGCGGAGAUUCCACGACCGACCCUUCCUCUCCCUACUUCAUCGACGCCGCCCACCCGUACGCGGCCGCCGCCGCUUCCGCGCUCACCUCCCACCGCUCCAAGUCAAAGUGGUCGCAACUCUCCUCCCUCCCGCUCCCGGAUCCCCUCCCGGCGUCCGCCGUCUCCGCCGUCCUUCUCCUCCUCCGCCGCCGGCCGCACGUAGCCCUCAGCUUCCACAGCUUCUCCCUCCGCCGCCUCCUCCCCUCCCGCUCCCCUCCCCCGCUCAUCCUCUCCGCCUCGGCCGCCCACGUCGCCGCCGCCUCGCGCCUCCGGCGCGCGGCCAUCUCCGUCCUCUCCUCCGCCACCUGCCACUACUCCCCAUCUCAGAUAUUCAACGCCCUCGCCGCCACCUACCGCCGCUUCGCGUCCGCGCCCUUCGUCUUCGACCUCCUCCUCCUCGCCUACCUCCGCUCCCGCCGCGACCCCCUCGCGGCCACCUCCAUCGCCCGCCGCCUCCUUGCCUCCGGCGCCUGCCCCCUCCCCGCCACCGCCGCGGCCCUCUUCCGCUCCCUCCCCUCCGCCGAGUCCGCCCUCGAGAUGUACCACCAAAUCUACACACUCCCGGGCACAAGAACCAGCCGCGCGCUCCAGCCAACCGCCCAGACCUUCAACUCCCUCCUCCUCGCUUUCUACCGCCAAGGCAAGUGCGAAGAUUUCAGCAUCGCGCUGGACGAAAUGGAUAGGUAUUCUUGCAAGCACAAUGUGGGCACCUACAACAUUCGGAUGGCUGCUUACUGUGAUGGUAGGGAGAUGGAUAAUGCAACACGAUUGUGGGAUGAGAUGGUUCAGGGAGGGAUCCAGCCAGACGUCACCACAUACAACACCGUGAUUGCUGGGUAUUGCGGUGCUGGGGAGGUGGGGAUGGCAGAGGAGAUGUUUAAGGACAUGGAGAUUGGUGGUAUUGAGCCAAGUGUUACAACCUUUGAGUGGUUGGUUCGAGGGCAUUGCAGGACAGGGGAUGUUGAUGCUGCGAUGCUUGUUUGCGCAGACCUUGGAAGGAGGGGUUUUGCGAUGGCUGCGGAGGUUGUCGAGGAGGUGGUUGAUACACUGUGUCAGAAGAACAGAGUUGAGGAGGGGUUACGUAUUUUAAGGGCAGAGAUGAGAAGGGAAGAUUUCACACCUAGUCGGGGAAGCUACGAGGCGCUGAUAAGGGGGUUUUGUGAACAAGGAGAAGUGGAGGUGGCCAUGAGACUCCAGGCAGAGAUGGCUGGGAAGGGAUUCAAGGCUGGUGCUGAGGUAUACCAUGCUUUUGUCCGGGCUUAUCAGAAGACUGAGGACUUCGAGAUGGUUGAGAGGUUAAGGAAGGAAAUGUCGGUGAUAGGCAUUGAGGAAGAAAUUGGCCUGCCUUGUAUGCAGUGAUGUACUGUUUGGAAGCUAUGUAUGUCGUUGUUCAACAACCUGGCACAUGGGUGCAAGGUACAUUAGCAUGAGCAGUCCUGGAGCUGCAAUUGUCACUGGAGGCGUCUGGCAACGGUGAUGAGCCGAUAACGCUGCCCUAUUGCCCCGAGUCUUGAUGCCCUUCCAUUCUCGGCUGGAGGUAAGGCUGGCGAGGCCUAAUGUCGUUGCGGUUUGAAGUUGAGUGCACCUCCUCACAUAGUCGUAGUCGCUUGGUGAGGACGGUUGUGUGUGUGCGUUUGUGCGUCCCUCCUCUUUGUAGGUUGUACCUCCGAUGUCUUCCUGUUCAAUGAAAUGAGACACAAAUUCUUUUGCGUUUUCUCGAAAAUUAAAAUUUAGUUUUUGUCAAUUAUGGAGUUUAUAAAAAAAUACAAUUUGCUAAUUUA